GCCCAAGCAGCUCCUGCUCACGCUCCGCUCGGAUGUUGCCCCCGUUGGGGUCGGGAAGAGCAGAACCAGGUCUCACUUUGCCCUCCAAUGCGCCCCAAGGAGAGGACAUACUCAGGUCCUCGCUGAAAGCAAAGCCUUUAUUACGGAGAAAAAAGGACCCAGACUGGUCCGACUCCCUAGGAACAUGACUGUUCUUCUCCUUGAAGCUUUCUACGGAGGUUCUCACAAGCAGCUGGUGGAUCUUCUGAAGGAGGAGAUGGACGACUGCGUCCUCUGCACCCUCCCUGCCAAGAAGUGGCCGUGGAAAGCCCGGACCGCUGCCGUGUCCUUCAUGCAAAUGGUACCUCCUAACCCUGAGUACAGGCUCCUCUUCGCCAGCUCCGUGCUCAACCUGGCCGAGCUCGUGGCCCUGCGGCCCGACCUGGGCAAGCUGAGGAAGGUCCUCUACUUCCACGAGAACCAGCUGGUGUAUCCCGUCCGGAAAUGCCAGGAAAGGGAUUUUCAGUACGGAUACAACCAGAUCCUCUCCUGUUUGGUUGCCGAUGUCGUUGUGUUCAACUCUGCUUUUAAUAUGGAGUCAUUUCUUACAUCUAUUGGAACAUUUAUGAAGCUGAUUCCUGACCACAGACCUAAGGAUUUGGAAAAAAUAAUCCGACCAAAGUGCCAAGUUCUUUAUUUUCCAGUCAAAUUUCCUGAUGUGAGCAGAUUCAUGCCAGCACAUAAACGUGCCCAUUUGGAGAAGAUAAUGGGCACUAAAAGCCCUGGGGAUGCUCGUGAACGUGAGGCUUUGAUGGAACCCAUCAGCACAGACCUAGAUGUUGGGCUCUGCGAGGAGCAUCCUGGACCUGCAGCCCAGCCUCCGGAGACGCCUCCUUCCCCAUCAGCGAUGCCGGAGGAACCCGCCGGGGCUGGAGCAUCGGGAAGCACAAAUCCUUGUCAAGAAGGAGAUAAGCAACRGCUGACUUUUAACCCCCGUGACGUCUCGCGGGGAGCGGACGAUCCGCAGAGGCCCUUGCACGUCGUCUGGCCCCACAGGUGGGAACACGAUAAAGAUCCUGAAACUUUCUUUAAAGUGAUGCUGCAGCUGAAAGCCAAAGAGCUCCCUUUCCRUGUCUCUGUCCUGGGAGAGUCUUUCAGCGAGGUUCCAGAUAUAUUUUCAGAGGCCAAAGAAGCGCUGGGAUCUUCUGUCCUGCACUGGGGCUACUUGCCCAGCAGAGAUGACUAUUUCCGAGCUCUGUGCGGGGCUGACGUUGUCAUCUCGACGGCGAAGCACGAGUUCUUUGGAGUGGCCAUGUUGGAGGCCGUGUACUGUGGCUGCUACCCGCUGUGUCCCCGGGCCCUCGUGUACCCCGAAAUCUUCCCAGCUGAAUAUCUGUAUUCUACACCUGAACAGCUUUUUAAAAGGCUUCAGAAUUUCUGCAAGAGACCAGAUAUUGUAAGGAAACAUCUCUAUAAGGGCGCCCCGGCCGGCUUCUCCUGGGCAGAGCUGCGCGGCCAAUUCCAGGCCCUGCUCGGCGCCGGAGCGACGCAGGAUUCGCGACAGAUGGGCCCGAGUCACAAACUUGCAGCCUAAGGCAGAAUCGCAGAACUUUCCAGAGUGUGCCCAUAUUUACCUGAUCAGAGAGCAAAGAAAAUCUGCAGAGGAAGCCGAGCCUGGCUGCUUGUCAUAGCUGACACAGAGCCAUCUGCCACAAACCUGUGGCGGCUUCAGAUCUCCAAUCCCUGCCACCACCCCGGCUCAAAUUAAAUACAGAUUCGUGGAGACGUUGUGAUGGUUACACAUGUC